CAAUUCAUUUCCCGCCAACUUUUCAUAGUGGCACCACUGGCGUGCAGUGGAAAAUGUAGGUUUUUGUCCAUCACAAGCGUUAUUAUUAAUUCCGCAACGCAAUUUUGAGAAUUAAAUGCAAUGGAUAUUAAGGACAAAGUAGAUCCCGAUGAUGUAAACAAAUCGCCAAAGGUAAUUAGAGCCGCAAAAGAGGAAAUAGGCAAAAUUGAUGUACUAGUCUGCGGCGAAUGCCACAAUGCGUUCCACUACAUUGACGAGUUUCAAGAGCACAAAGAAAAGGGUAAAUGUUCUGGUCCGUCGGCGAUCCGGGACAGUUUCAAAAAUGAACGUGAACCGCAAAUAUGGGCCUUUAUGAUUUGGAAGCACGCCCAUUUAAAAAGGGUAGAAGGCGACGGUCCACAGUCAUCGUGGCUUGUAUAUCAAAAGUGGUGUAAGCUCGACCCGAAGGAGAAGGGCGCGUGGAUAAUCGCGGCGAAAAAUCUACAAUCGUUUUCGAAAAUAUCAAACGCUAAAGUUCAGGAAAUUAAGACUGUGAUUCAUAAAAACAAAUCGGAAAAACCUAAUAAUUCAGUGUCUAAAAGCAUCAGUGGUGACGAUUUAUCGGAGGAAGGUGAAAUUUGUGUACCCAAAUUACCGAACACACAACCGAAAGCGGUUUCGUCUCCAAUUACUGUAAAUAAAAGUGCACCUAUUCCUACCAGUACACAAAAAUCUGAGAACAACACAGAAGAUCAAAAUGAUGAAAAAGCAAAGCAAAACGUUAGUCAAACUCUUGCGUUGCCAACUCCAAGUCAACCUGUCAAAGUGGUUAUGCGAAAAGCGUUACGCACAAGUAAAGACGACGACAUUGAUGAGGCGAUAAUAGAAAAAAUACUCGGUCGUAGAUUUAAUCAUAAAAAGAAAUGUACAGAGUAUUUCAUAAAAUGGGAAAAUAUGCCAGAGUCAGAAAAUACGUGGGAACCGAAAAUACAUUUAAUCAAAUGCAGAGUAUUAUUAGAGGAGUUCGAUCGUGCUAUAGACAAAAAGAAGCUGGCCGCACAAGCUGCGAAGAGUGUAGAGAGUCAAUUAGAGGAAAUGGAAUCGGAACUUGGACGACCACAACGUACCAGUAAGCAGAAAGCCUUGAAUCAAGUGAAAGUUUGGUGUGGCGAUAUGUCUGAUGGGGAGGAAGGUUCGACCAAAAGAAGAUCGUUCAGUGACGAUGAUUCCUCAGAUUCGUUUGAGAAAAAAAUGAGAUUUGAUGAUGAAACUGAUAGUUCUGAAGACGAAAAGCCUCCUAUAACUAUAAGGAAGUUGUCAAAACCGCCAGGCUCACUCAACGGUGUCGCCAAGAAAAACCUUGAUAGCCCAAUGCCAAGGGUGGUACGCGUUAGUCAAAAGGAACUUCCCAAUUUAUCGUCUGGAGUGUACAUCAUGUCAAAAACUGAAGGAAUUAUUAAGCUAGAUUCUACCAACAGCUCACCUGGUCAUUCAUUGUUGAAAGUUGGAUCAAAAAUUGGCCAAACUCACAUUAAGAUGGUUAAAAAGGAGGAACAAACCACGAAACCUGCCAUAGGAAAAUUACAUGGUCUACCCGACAAAAAGUUCUCACCAACGUUGCCAAGGGGCAAAACAGCUCCACAAAGGAAACUACUAACUCCACUUGCCAUCAAUAAGUCAACAUCAAAAGCGAUGGAAUCGUUAGAUAAACAAUUAGACACUUUUAUGGACGAUGACUCGGACGGUGUCGAAGAACUAGAAUUUCCUACCGACUUGCCGCUACCCUCUCCUGACAGUCCACCUGGCGAGUUCACUCUUUGUCCUUUAACCGGUCGGGUACUCGGCGAAUCCGACGACGUGGAAGAGGUGGAAGAACUAAAGGUUGAGGAGUCUAAGGAACCCGAGCAAAUAAAGGAACCUGAGGAUACUGUGAAUGAUAAUACAACUCUUGAUGCCCUGGUGAAAUUGGCGGCGGCCGAACUGCCGGAUGUCGAGCUCGACGUAAAUGAGCAAGUAAAGAAGGUGGAAGAAAUUAAGAAGGAUCCGAGUAUAGAGGAGGAAGAAGAAUCUGAUAGUCCGCAUGCUAUUGUGACAGAUGAUGGUUUAGAAAAAUUAAUAAAAAUAGAGUCGGUCCAACCAACUAUAACAACUUCAUCAUCAAUUUCUACAAAUUUAAAUAGUAUAGCAACAACAUCGACCGAUUUAGAGGCAUCCAUUAAACCUCUUGCUAUCGAAAAAAGUAGCAGCAUCAUAAUGAAUGUGGAUGAUUCGGUCACAACGUCGCAACCAAAAACCACCCUAAGCACCACGCUCACGAAUGUGCAACUUCAAAAUAGCCCAAGGCUGGCUCCAUCUAAAAAACUUUUAAGUACUCCGACUUUGGUACGCCAAAAAGUAUCGACAUUCCAGCAACGCCAAACUAUCCAACGACCUGCCUUGGCGAAACCAGUUCCGACAGCUAUCAUACAUAAAGUCUCAUCGAAUCGAAACAAAUCGGCAAUUUCACGAAGUUUUCACGAACCUGGUUUAACUACUGUGAAAAGAAGUGCGCCGAUAUCCACUUACAGACCAGCGAAUGUUGCAAGGCGAAUAGGCAAUACGACUAUUUACAAAACGGAAAAGUCGCCACCAGUUCCAACUGUGAAAAGGCUACCUCCUACACCAUUUAAAUCUCCUAUCCAGCGCACUAUGAAACCAACUACAGUAUCUUCGAUUCAAACACAGCCCACUUCCAAGGCGGUAGCGGCGAGCGUCUCGCCCACUGUAAUCAAUAUGCCGCUACUAACACCCGACGACGAAACGUCUGCAAUUGCAGGACGCAGCACCGACACCACGAUAACGGAAGUUCCCACAUUGACCUCUCUAGCAACCGAUACCGAAGUGUCCGAGCUAUCCACAUUAAAUUUGUCAGAUUCGGAAACGCCCUUAUUAAUCACCGGCGACGACGGUACGAUUUAUCAGGUCGCCGGUCAGAACGAGGAGGGACAAACGAUUUUAAUCAGCGAGGGUCCGGACGGCCAACAGCAAUGCGUUAUCGUCUCCUCGGAGGUCUCGAGUGACGAGAUUCCCGCCGUCAUGCAAGACACGGCGCCCGAACCGGAACAGAUGGAGGUGGAUCAACCUCUCUCGAUUAAUACCCAGUCCGAAGUUGAAGACGAAAGUGGAGAGUCGGAGGAGUCGCACGUUGUCGCUCAGAUUAUCAAAGCCGAUCCACCUAGCCCUGGUGGCACAAGAAAGGUGGUGCUAAUGCUUCCCGACGGAAAUUUGAUGAUGACCGAUGUAACAGCAGAGCAGUACGCAGCACUUGAACUUGAUAAAUAAGUUCUAGUUCUAAGAAACUUAGCCUUUUAAGUGCAAAGUAUUUUAAUAGUUUUACUAUUCUUUUUUUUCGUUUGUUUAUAAUUUAAUUGAUUGAUUAUUGUUUCAUUAGAUGUAUUAAUUUUAAUAGCGGUAAUAUAUUAAUAUUUAAAAACAUUA